CGAACACUCCGGGGUAGCUUCCUUGGUCGAACCCCGGAUAUCCAGUCGACUCUCUUAUUUAAUAUCUCUCCUUCCCCGUCAUUCUAACUUCCAUCUACCUCUUGAACCCCCUGUCUAUUAUUCCAAACCCUACAACUAGGUACACUAUCAACCAUGGCUCUCAAGAACGACGCUUUCCCUUCUUCCGCCGCCUUCGACGUGAUUAACGCCACCCUCCAGGGUGAUGCGGCCGAGCGCAAAGACGCCGUCGACAAGGCCAAGGCCGUCGUCGCCUUCAACCUCAAGAACGCGAAGGGAGAGGAAGACAGCUGGUACCUGGAUCUCAAGGAAAAAGGGGCCGUGGGCAAGGGUGCUGCUCCUCCCAACGGAAAGGCCGACGUGACCCUUACGCUGUCCGACGAAGACUUCGCUGCGCUGGUGUCCGGCAAGGCCAACGCGCAACGGCUGUUCAUGGGAGGCAAGCUCAAGAUCAAGGGUAACAUUAUGAAGGCAACGAAGAUGGAACCCAUCAUGAAGAAGGCCCAAGGCAAGGCCAAGCUAUAGAUACCCUGCUAGUUCUAUUCUUUUAAAUAUUUCUGACGGUUCCAUGCUUUAAUGAAUCCGAUCAUUUUUUCAUUCAUUUCAUUUAUUUCAUUUACAUUUACUAUGCGGUCGCAUAUCCCUGUUGACCGCGAUAUGCCACGUUGUCCUGUAUGUUUGUCUGCGGUAUUUUCUAAGCUGAUAAAUCCAAUACGACCUCAGAUUUGUCUACAAUCAACAUCUUGAAGUUUUUCCUACAUCUGAGGACGCGUUGGAAUUGAUUUUUC